AUGGCUUGCCCCCCACAGUCAAAUGGGCUCAUAUUUUUUGUGAAUGGAAAGAAGGUAAUUGAAAGGUGUGCUGAUCCUGAAGAACUGCUGCUUAAUUACCUGAGAAAGGGGCUCCGUCUCACGGGAACCAAGUAUGGCUGUGGAAUCGGAGGCUGUGGAGCCUGCACGGUCAUGGUCUCUACGUACGACCCCGACUCCAAGAAGAUACGACAUUUUCCAGCCAACUCUUGUCUGCUCCCGUUAUGCUCAUUGCAUGGUGCUGCAGUAACCACCGUGGAAGGUGUUGGAAACACAAAAACCAAGCUUCAUCCCAUUCAGGAAAGGCUUGCCAAGUGCCACGGCUCCCAGUGUGGCUUCUGCACCCCCGGGAUGGUGAUGUCGAUGUAUUCUCUGCUGAGGAACCACCCGGAACCCACCAUGGAGCAGAUUUUGGCCGCGCUGGAUGGUAAUUUAUGCCGUUGCACUGGGUACAGGCCUAUAAUUGACAGCUUCAGUGUUUUCUCUCCGGAGUGCUGUCCCCUGGCAGGGAGUGGGAAAUGUUGCUUGGAUCAAGAAGAGGGGAAGGGGAAAGAAAGAGAAGAAGAUUUAGCUCCGGAGCCUAAAAGAGGAGAUCGGAUGUGUUCAGGUCUCUGCCAGCCAGAAGAAUUCCAGCCCCAGGAUCCAACCCAGGACUACAUAUUUCCACCUGAACUUGUGAGAAUGGCUGAUGAGAACAAAGAAAGAACUCUGGUUUUCAACGGGAAAAGGACUACCUGGAUUUCUCCCAUUGCACUACAGGAACUUCUGGGCCUGAAAGCCAAGUACCCAAAUGCCCCCCUUGUUGUAGGGAACACAAGUGUAGGACUUGAUGUGAAAAUGCUGGGUGUCUGUCACCCAGUUGUCCUUUAUCCUGCUAGGGUUCCAGAUCUGCAUCUUGUCUCCAUGGCAGACAAUGGGCUAGUGAUAGGUGCAGCAACCCACUUGGCCGAGCUGAGGGACAUCCUGCUAAAUGUGAUCCCAGAACUCCCAGCGGAGAAGACGAAGAUUUACUGUACUCUGUUGAAGCAGCUACGGACCCUUGCAGGAGAACAGAUCAGGAAUUUGGCUUCCUUAGGAGGACACAUUGUAAGUAGAGGGUCGACCUGGGAUCUGAACCCUGUCCUAGCAGCUGGGAAAGCUAUUCUUAAUCUGGCAUCAACAGAUGGAACACGACAGAUUCCCCUGAAUGGUGAAUUUCUCGCCCGAAUGCCAGAGGCGGACCUUUCGCCCAAAGAAGUCCUAGUCUCGGUUCUGAUUCCAUUCUCCAAGGAAGAUGAAUUUGUGUCCGCCUUCCGACAGGCUGAGCGGAGGAAGAAUGCGUUGUCUGUGACCAAUUGUGCAAUGCAAGUCCGGUUCCAUCCGGGCACUGAUGUCAUUGAGGACCUGACUAUUUUAUAUGGAGGCAUUGGCUGUACCAUAGUGAGCGCCCCGGUCACCUCGCGGAAGCUUCGAGGAAGAAACUGGAAUAAGCAGAUGCUGGAUGAAGCUUGCAGGCUCAUUCUUGAAGAAAUUCAAAUCUCUCCUUCAGCACUGGGUGGAAAAGUGGAAUACAGACGAACUCUGCUUGUUAGCUUCUUUUUCAGAUUUUAUUUGGAAGUGCUACAAGGUUUGAAGUACAUGUACCCAUCCCAGUAUUCUGACUUGCCAAAGGAAUACAUGAGUGCCUUAGGCGAGUUCCUUGACUAUCCCCCGCGGGGCAUGCAAGAAUACCAGGAUGUUGACCCUCAGCAGCCUCCUCAUGACCCAGUGGGGCGUCCCAUCAUGCAUGAGUCUGGGAUUAAGCAUGCCACUGGUGAGGCCGGCUACACCGAUGACAUCGGCCCAAUAGAUGGGCAGCUCUACAUGGCUGUGGUCACCAGCACUCGAGCCCACGCGAAUAUUCUAUCCAUCGAUACCUCUGAGGCCUUAGAAGCACCAGGAGUGGUCACUGUGGUAUCAGCUGCUGAUAUUCCAGGGAAAAAUGGCAAUGAGCAUGAGAAAGUGUUUGCUGAAGAUGAGGUAGUAUACAUUGGUCACAUUAUCUGUGGUGUUGUUGCGGAGACCUAUGAGCUUGCAAAGGAGGCCACCAAAAAAGUGAAGAUAGAGUACAAAGAUCUGGAACUGAUUCUGACAAUUAAGGAUGCCAUUCAGCAUAGUUCAUACUUCUCCGAAGAAAAGAAAAUAGAACAAGGAAAUGUUGAAGAAGCAUUUCAGACAGUUGACCGAAUUAUUGAAGGUGAAAACCGUGUUGGAGGGCAAAAGCAUUUUUACUUGGAAACAAACUGUACUGUUGUGAUUCCAAGGAAAGAGGACAAUGAAAUGGAUAUCCACGUCUCUACCCAGGAUGCUUCAAGCGUACAGGAAUUAGUGGCUACAGCAUUGGGUAUCCAAUCCUGUAAGAUCAGGUGCCACACGACACGAGUGGGCGGCGCUUUCGGCGGGAAAUGUACAAAACCUCCAUUUUUUGCAGCGGCGGCAGCUGUGGCAGCACAGAAAACUGGCUGUCCAGUACGUUUUACUCUGGAACGAGAAUCUGACAUGUUCUUAUUUGGAGGCCGACACCCUUUUGAGGGGAAAUAUAAAGUGGGAUUUAUGAAUGAUGGUAGAAUCAAAGUUGUUGACCUUAUGUACUAUGUAAAUGGAGGGUGUACGCUGGAUAAUUCUGAUAUGCUAAUAGCGUACGUGGUGUUAAAAAGUUUUAACGCUUACAACAUCCCCAACUUCCGAUGUCGUGGCCGCGCCUGCAAGACUAACCUGCCAUCGAAUACCGCUUUUCGAGGAUUCGGCUUCCCACAGUCGGCCCUUUCCGCAGAGAUGUGGGUUUCUGCUGUGGCUGACGAGCUCAGCUUGCCUCAUGAUAAGGUCCGGGAGAUGAACAUGUUCAAAGCCAUUACUCUCACUCCCUUCAAAGAAGAGGUCGAUCCCAGGAACAUGGUUGUAUGUUGGAAAGAAUGCUUGAAGAGGUCUGAUUACUACAGCAGGAGAAAGGCAAUCGAGGAAUUUAACAAGCAAAACUACUGGAAGAAGAAAGGGAUUGAGAUCAUUCCCAUGUUGUUUUCAGUUGGAUUCAAUGCCACGUGUUACCACCAGGCUUCAGCUCUGGUCAACAUCUAUUUAGAUGGGUCAGUAUUGGUGUUUUGUGGUGGAGCUGAAAUGGGACAAGGACUUUACACCAAGGUGUUACAGAUUGCUAGCCAUGAAUUGAAGAUACCCACAUCGUACAUACAUCUUUUUGAAAGAAGUACCGUUCCGAUACCCAAUGCACUUCUCACAGCAGGAUCAAUUGGCUCGGAAGUCAACGGUAAAGCUGUACAGAAUGCUUGCCAAAUUCUCCGGAAGCGUCUUGAGCCAGUCAUUAAAAAAAACCCACAAGGCAAAUGGGAAGACUGGAUUAAAAAGGCUUUUGAGGAAAGCAUCAGCCUCUCAGCUACUGGCUUCUUCAAAGGAUAUUUCGCCAAUAUGGACUGGGAGAAAGGCGAAGGCCCUGCUUUACCAUACUUUGUUUUUGGCGCUAGUUGUUCUGAAGUUGAGAUUGACUGCCUGACAGGGGAUCAUAAGAAUCUCCGAACAGACAUUGUCAUGGAUGCCUGUUACAGCAUCAAUCCAGGAAUCGAUAUAGGACAGAUUGAAGGUGGCUUUAUGCAGGGACUUGGACUUUAUACACAAGAAGAGAUCAGAUUCUCCCCGGAAGGGCAGCAAUACACGCUGGGUCCAGACACGUAUAAAAUUCCUGCAGUUUGCGAUGUUCCCGAAAAGUUUCAAAUCUACUUGCUGCCAAACACAAGAAACCCAAUUGGAAUCUACUCCUCCAAGGGUAUGGGAGAAGCUGGGCUAUUCCUGGCGUCCUCCGUGUUCUUCGCGAUCAAGGAUGCCGUGGCUGCUGCCCGGAAGGAAAGAGGAUUGAAUGACGUUUUUGUCCUGGAUAGUCCACUGAACGUAGCGAGGAUUCGCAUGGCAUGUGCUGAUCAUUUCACAGAGAUGAUUCCAAAGAAUGAACCUGGGACCUAUAAACCAUGGGCUAUUGAUGGAAAUUAAAACAUUCUG